GCGCCGCAUCCGCAGUGGGCAGAGCUGUGAGCAGCUGACAGGGCCGCUCUCGCGAGAAUUGCUGGGGGGACGGCGGCGGCGGAGCAGGCGGAGUGGGAGCCGUGGGACGGCGUUGGAGCUUGGGUGGCAACCGAGGCGGCGCUGGAGGGGCGAGCAGGCGACGAGGAGCCUCGGGUGGGGCGGCGGCCCCCAGCGUUGCGCGGUGUUUUUACUGCUGUUACCUAGAAAUGUGGCUCCUUCAUAUCCUGACAGUGUAUAUGAUGAUGGUAGUAAAACGAGGCGGAUCGUCCCCUGGCCUCCCCUGUAUGUGAGAGACGAAGCCGGCGCUUCGAACGGAGCCGGACCGCGGGAGGGCUGAGCCGGGAGCCGCCGCGGGAGGAACGGAGGCUGCGGGGAGUGCUUCCUUCCCACUGCCUGCACCGCCUGGCAGGGCAGCCCCAGCAUGGAAGCCAUCGCUAAAUACGACUUCAAAGCUACAGCAGACGACGAGCUGAGCUUCAAACGGGGGGAUAUACUUAAGGUUUUGAAUGAAGAAUGCGAUCAGAAUUGGUACAAGGCAGAACUCAAUGGAAAGGAUGGCUUCAUUCCCAAGAACUACAUAGAAAUGAAACCACAUCCAUGGUUUUUUGGAAAGAUUCCUCGAGCAAAGGCUGAAGAGAUGUUAGGCAAACAGAGACACGAUGGUGCCUUCCUUAUCAGGGAGAGUGAGAGUGCUCCUGGGGACUUCUCUCUCUCGGUCAAGUUUGGAAAUGAUGUGCAGCACUUCAAGGUGCUUAGAGAUGGGGCUGGCAAGUAUUUCCUCUGGGUGGUGAAGUUCAAUUCUUUGAAUGAGCUGGUAGAUUAUCACAGAUCCACAUCUGUCUCCAGAAACCAGCAAAUAUUUCUACGGGAUAUUGAACAGGUGCCACAGCAACCAACGUACGUUCAGGCUCUGUUUGAUUUUGAUCCCCAGGAGGAAGGAGAGCUGGGUUUCCGCCGUGGAGACUUUAUUCAAGUCCUUGACAAUUCUGACCCCAACUGGUGGAAGGGAGCCUGCCACGGACAGACGGGCAUGUUUCCACGCAACUAUGUGACCCCAGUGAACCGGAACAUCUAGAGAUAAAUAUUAGAGAUUAUUUAAAGAAACAAGAGAAACAAUAAAUACACAUACAGAGCCUAACUGCAGCCAGUGACCUAAAAUCACACGGUGAUAAAACCUGAGUCACCUUUCACCAUGAGGUGAUCCUCCUUCACAGUGUGGAACUUUGGGGGGGUGGGAGGGAGUGGGGAGAAGAGUUCAACUAAAACACCAAAACUUAUCAUUAAAAAAAAAAAGAGAAAAAAUGAAAAUAACAAAUUUCCUCAGCUGCUCCUGGGUUACCCCCUUUCAUUUACUUCUUGUUUCACCCUCCUCCUCUGUCCAGGCAUGAAGUUUUAAUGCCAUUUAAAAUCCUAGCCAUGCAGUUAAAGGGAAAGGGAGAAACUCUGCUGGUAUUUUCUCUCUGUAAAUGGAUCAUUUGACAUGAAGGGACGUGAGAGGAGAACCAAAUCCACAGUCCUGCCUUUAAAAAAAAAAAAAAACAAAAACAAAACAAAAAAAAANAAAAAAAAAAAAACAAAAAAAAAAACAGUCUCUGCUCUUGCCUUCAACGUUCAGCUCUUCUUGCCUGGUGAAGAUGAGGUAUUGCUCUAAUUUCUGUCUCUUCUCCUUUGGCACUUUCUUCUGAAGCUCAGCAGCUUCCAAGCCGAGGAAGGGAGAAGAGUUGUGUGACUUUUUUUUUUUUUAUUUGAGUCACAGAGCUGCUUUCAGAAACUCCAAAUUAGAACUGAAGUCUGUUAUUGCUGUGCUGACAGCCUUUUUGUUUUUUUCUUAAAUGUGUACGGUUGAGCACAUUCUGUAAUUUCUUCCAUAGUGCCUUUCCCUUAUUAUUUUUUUAUUAUUUUUUAAGUUAAAAGGACAGUCCAGAGCUUUUCAGAGGGCUUUUUUCUGCCUACGUGUAAAUAAAUACUUUUGGGUGAAAGGUGUAAAGGAGGGUGGCUUUAUCAAUGGAUAUUUGAGAAAAAUCUACAGAGUUGGAGCUUUGUUCUAAAGAUUUGACUUACUCUUUGACUUUCCUUGUUGGAGGAAAAAAAAAAAGAAGGCAUUCAUUGGCAGCUUAGGCUGCUCAGACAUGGGAAGCUGAAACCAGAAGCCUCAAAAGAUUUAAGAGAAAGGGGAAAGAUAUGACCAGGGAAAAUGAGGAAGAAUAUUUGAGAGAGGGAGGGUUAAGGGGGGAAAUUUGGGAAAGAGUAGUCCUGAGAUGUCCUACAAAAUGUACAUUCCGUUGAUGGAAAACUUUAUAAUGCAGAAAAACCUCAAGAAACAGUGCUUGAAAACCUUUUUUGCUAUUAGUGAAUGUUUCUGUGUGAUGCAUGUAAUCGACCUGUCUCUUUUGCCUGGAUAGGGAGUAUGUGCAGUCGUGUUGCUCUUGAAAAGUGGGGUUGGCAUCACUGUUCUCCAGUUCCUCCUCCCUCCUCAGGUCAGUGUUACUGUUAGACUCCCCAUUCACAGCAGGCUGUGUGAUGACAAUAAUCCCCACCCCUUCUCAUAAUGGCCUUCAUUGUGGCCAUUUGCUCUUCCACCAGAGCAGUGUGACAUUAAAUUGGAUAGAAAGAAAUCAAACUGCAUUGCUCUCUGUGCCAGUCUUCAGUUGAGUUAUUUUUCCUUUUGAGAGCCAUUUGGCUGGAUCCCUUUGCUCCAACAACAAAUCCAAAAACUGCAGUGGAGAGCUCCUCCUGCCCUGCCUAAGUACAGGCAGUCUUUUGUUGGAGGGUGCCUUUUUUGUACUAAAUGUUACAAAUGUUUUAUUUCUGAGACAAACUCUGCCUUACACUUUAAUUUUCCAGCAGAUGAAAGAGAGAGCUAUCCUGUAGAGCAUUACUUCUCUCCCCCCCUCCUUGCUAGCUGUCUCUCACUUUCUUCCUUCUUUGUUAAAGUGAUUGGAAAAAGAAUCUAUGGCAUUCUACACCUGGACCAUUUGAUUGUUUCCUUAUUUUGGAAUUGGUGUAUAUCAUGCAACCUUGCAGACAUAUGUCUUGUGUGUGUAUAUAUAUAUUAAAAAAAAAAAUCAGUGUUUAAAUAAAAAAGGCCUAUGUACUUAAUCCUUAACUCUGCAGCAGCAUUUGGUAGAUAGUAAUUAACUGUGAAUAAUAAAUAUACAUUGAAUUCUU